GACGGGGUCCUUUUAAAUUUGAGCCCAAAAACCUAUAUCCCCGCAGAGAAGAAGAAGAAGAUUUGUAUUUCUUUUGCUUAAAACAUUCUCUCUUCUGUAUCUCUAAGUCUCAAAUCCUAAACCGCCUUUUUUAAGAUCCAAAAUCACACAUUUAUAUUAAACAAACCCUCAAAACCCCCUUGUCUCUCUGUCACCACAUUAAAGAAAAGGAGCUUGACAGCACCACCACCACAUAAUCAACAACCCAAAGUAAUCCUAAAUUCCCCCCUCUCUUGUGGGUUGAUUCUAUUUUCUGAGUUUGAAAACCCUAAAACCCCCUUUCGAUCUGGGAAAACAACAUGAGUGAGUUUCAAAUCUUUGAUUCUUUGCCUGCUUAACUAGUAGGAGGUUUAGUUAGUAGAGAAGUUUCUGGGGGCGGAGGAGGUGUCGUUUUUGGUGAUUAUCUCAUGGCCAAGCGAGUUUAUCAAGUUUGGAAAGGAAGUAAUAAAUUUUUCUUUGGAGGGAGAUUGGUAUUUGGACCAGAUGCGAAAUCAUUGCUUGUGACUGUACUGCUUAUCCUCAUUCCUUCUGUUCUCUUUUGCACACUUGUUGUCAGACAUAUUCGGCAUGAGUUUAAUAAUGCGGGAUAUGCGAUUCUGGUGGUAGCUAUUCUUCUUGCUAUUUAUGUAUUGGGGCUUCUGCUUGUUACCUCAGCCAGAGACCCAGGUAUUGUACCAAGGGCUUCACAUCCACCUGAGGAAGACUUUAAUUAUGAGUCAUCUGCGUCUGUUGAUGCCAGCGGACGACAUACUCCAAGCCUACAGUUUCCCAGGACAAAAGAAGUUCAUGUAAACGGCAUGGUUGUUAGGGUCAAGUAUUGCGAUACAUGCAUGCUGUAUCGUCCUCCUCGUUGUUCUCAUUGCUCCAUAUGCAAUAAUUGUGUGGAGAAAUUCGAUCACCAUUGCCCUUGGGUAGGGCAGUGUAUUGGGAUGCGUAAUUAUCGGUACUUCUUUAUGUUUGUUUCGUCUGCAACUAUUCUUUGCAUCUACGUAUUCUCGAUAUCUGCAUUGUACAUAAAGAUUCUCAUGAAUAGAGACCAAGGAACUGUUUGGAGGGCAAUGAAGGAAUCUCCUGCAUCAGUGGUACUGAUGGCGUAUUGUUUUAUAUCCCUCUGGUUUGUUGGUGGUCUCACCGGCUUCCAUUUAUACCUUAUUGGCACAAACCAGACAACAUACGAGAAUUUCCGAUACAGAGCUGACAGCAGGCUAAAUGUCUACAACCGGGGUUGUGUUAAUAACUUCAUUGAAGUAUUCUGCACGGCGAUAAAGCCAUCAAAGAACAAAUUCCGUUCAUUCGUUCAACAAGAGGUGCAAAGGCAGCCUACAACUCGUACACGCGAACCAGAAGUAGCGGAUGAAGCUGGUGUUGGACCACGUUCAAAGAUAGAAGACGAUCUAGAACUAGGUGGAGAUCUUUUGAAAAUUUCUCAGAGACGAAACGUCGAUGCAAACAAUGAUGAUUUUGAUAUACGCAGCAGAGGGAGCAAUGUAGGCCGCCGUGAUUCAUCAGAUACUGCUGAUUUGUCCUUGGAUCAGCAAAAUCCUAGUGUUCAGUCAGAUGCACGGCAUUCUAGUUGGGGAAGAAGAAGCGGAAGCUGGGAGAUUGCACCAGAUGUCGCCGCAAUGAAUGCAGCAGCUGCACAGAACAGAAGCAAUAAUGACCAGUAAACUUGUCCAGUAUUGAUUGUUUUGUGCAUGUCUGCACGACUGCACUCUUUUACACCAACAAGCUCCCCCGAAGUUGUUGAAAUAUUCCCUUUUAUGUGGGAGUUACAAAAUCAAUUGUUCUUGGGUGUCGGUGGUUUGUCAUUCAAGUUGUUCAAGCACCCUUUUUUUGGAGUGUGUUUGAUCUCUGCAACCAAAAAGGAAGAUGGAGUGGUUUGUAAUGUUCUUUUAGUUGUGUAAGAUAGGAACGAUGGUGGGUGUUAUCUUCUUCCUUUUUUCUGCCUUCUCUACUGGUCACAUUUAUGAUGUUCUUGAAUGCAGUCAGUGAGGGGGUCUGUAAGAGUCGUUUUAGUAGUGGGUAUAGGCUUUGAUUCUUUUGUGUAAAUUAUCACAAACACUCAUUGCUAAAUUUGUGCACUUCCUCUA